AUGUGGAACCUCAAGCAUGAAGAGAGUCUCUACGCCUUGCUGGGUCUGGAUGUAGGCUGGUUCCUUUUCCGAGACCACGAUGCAGACAGUGACAGACGUCCGGCAGAUGUCCAAUUGCCGUCAAACCUGGUUGAUGACCUGCGAAAGCUGAUCAACAAUCCAGCAUUUGCAGAUGUCACUUUCGUAGUUGAGAACCAGUCUGUGUACGCAACGCGUGCGCAUUUGGCUGCUCGGUCCGAGCACUUCAGAGCGCUCUUCUACGGAGGCAUGCGAGAGUCGUCCGAUGCCGAGGAGCAAAUCGUGCUUCAAGAUGUCGCGCACCCCGUCUUCCUCUUGCUACUAGAGUACAUCUACACCGAUCAGGUUGGAGAAAUCUCUUCCGAGCUGGCGGUGCACCUGCUCAUUGCGGCUGAGCGGUUCCUCUUAGAUCGCUUGAAGGUCCUAGGUAACCGCUUAGCAGCUAAGUCGGUGUUUUGA